AUGCGCAUCGCCUGUCUCCAGUUCGCACCGCAGCUUGCAAAUGUUGACCACAACAUCGAGCGAGCCGAUGCUAUCCUGGAACGGGCGGACCCGCAGGACAUUGACCUGCUUGUCCUGCCCGAGCUGGCCUUUUCCGGCUACAACUUUAAGUCCCUCGGACACAUCUCGCCACACCUGGAGCUGAAAGAUGCGGGCAUCAGCGCAGCUUGGUCGCGACAGGCCGCCUUGAAGUACGACAGUGUCGUCGUCACUGGCUACCCAGAGAGGGUUGACCCCAAGGAUGGUUGGCCCACCGACCCGAAAUACUACAAUUCGGCCAUAAUAAUGGACGGUGACGGCGACGCUGUCGGAAACUACAGAAAGUCCCACCUGUACUACACGGAUGAAACCUGGGCACUGGAAGGCCGUAGCGGGUUCUACACUGCCAAUGUCCACCCCGUGGGCCGCAUGGCACUCGGAAUCUGUAUGGACAUCAACCCUUACAAGUUCGAAGCUCCGUGGGAGGACUACGAAUUCUCCAACCAUGCGCUCGAGUCUGGAGCCAGCCUUGUCGUGCUGAGCAUGGCAUGGUCUACUCAUAUUGACCAGAACGAGUUCUUCCGCAAGCCCGCAGAACCAGACAUGGACACUCUACUCUACUGGAUCACUCGUCUGCAACCAAUAAUCUCCGCUGAAUCCAACCGAGAGACCAUCGUCGUCUUUGGAAAUAGAUGCGGAGCGGAAGGAGACGCCACAUAUGUCGGCACAAGUGCUGUUAUCGGUAUCAAGUCUGGUGAGAUUUUGCUAUAUGGAAUCCUCGGACGUGACGAAGAGUCUUUACUUGUAAUUGACACAGACGACGUGCCCUAUGCAAGACUCAAGCUGCAGAGUCGUGAGUCUGUUCCGGAGCAAGAUCAAAGCGAGCAUACCUUGGCACCACAGCUGCACCACCAAAAUGGCCCGCGACAUCAUCCGAGAAAUGCACAUGACUCCGGAAAAGACAACUCGCACAGGACGGUCAUGGACCAGAGGCCCUCCACUGAUGUCCAGGAGCACACCGUCAACACCAUCGUAGUGACUCGGGGACCGGAAAGGGAUCCGCAGUACCACGAUCGUUGGAUGGCACCAUCACGUCAGCCCCGUGAGCAUUCAACUAGCGGACCUUUCAGAGUCGACGGUAGCAGCGUUGGAAUAUCGUCCUCCAACAGCCGUCCUAGCUACAAUCGGUUCACGCAAUCAUAUGUUGCCGCCCCAGUCACUUAUCAACAUGGCGAGGAAAAAAUGCGCCCGACGAUGAGCGAAGGCCACUACAAUCUGUUGGAAGAGUUCUCUGACAGUGACGAAUCCAUCAUCUCACAGUCGUACCCGGAGAGUGACGAGGAGCCAUGGCCACGCACUCAAGAGUCACAAGUGUAUGACAACGCGCGGCGGCGUAACGCUGCUAGUGCCCAGCGGGAGUAUGGGAUGCAGGAUACCAGCAAACGAUGCCCAACAGCCCAUCAGCAACAGGCCGGUCCGCACAUACCACAGCCAGAACAGGAUGCUGCGUCAGAGUCUUCCCUGGUACAAAGGAUCUCGGCCGUCGCCCUUGAAGAUAAAAAUUUACCGUCUUCAAACACGCAGUACUUCCAGGAGCAAGAUAUAUAUAAAUAUGUUCAUGGUGAGAACCUGACAUCUGAGCAUCAUAUUCGAUAUCAUACGCAUUUGCUCAGGGAGAGACGCGCCAGACAAGGCCUGCCUGCUGAUAUCGAGGACGACAAGCAAGACCAAGAGGAGUGGGAAGGGCAGCAGGAGGUAGAACCCGUGGUUGGGGCACGUGCAGAGUAUAAUGAGCCCAUUAAUGAGAGAGAGGUCAUGCAUGACGCAGAGUCGGACAGCAUAGAGCUGCCUAUCUUAGUACCUGCUUCUCCCAAUCGGCUCCGCGCAGGCGCUGAUGCACAGCCAAAUUAUACCUUUGGCAGUGUGCAAUCCAGGCAAGCCUUUUGGCAGGAGAAUCCACCAGAGCCCACGCCCAUUGCUGACACUCCGAUGAGCCACAUGACACAAUUCUCACAAACCCGCCCCAGGCGGCGUCACGACCGGCAAGCACCUGCAUUAUACCUGGCGGAUCAGGCAAAGCGUGAGCGGCAGGCCAAACCGAGGGAUCCCACCGCUGAAAUGAAAACUGCAGAUUCCCGAGCAGAUGCGAUCAGAACCGGAAGCAUUCCAGAGCUUGCCGCUGUGGAUGGCAACAAGCCGGUCGCAUGUAAUGAGCCGCCGCCGGCCCUCAACAGGUCCAAGGCCAAGGAGAAUUUGCUCCCUCUGCAAGAUCCCUCUAGAAGACCUAAGGCGGCGACUAGACAGGUGCCUCCGUUACGGCUCGUGCCUAGGGAAGCGCCACAGGAGAAGAAGCGGGAGAGGGAGGUUCGUGAGCGCUCGCGGCGCACCCCGAGACAGAUGCCGAUUGCCCGCGAGGUAGAAAGACCCAGUGAUCGUGAUAAAGGCCGAGAGAAGGACUCUCGCGACAAGGGCCGCACGACGCCUGUGCCGAUGGUCCUUGUGUAUGAGGAAGAGGGAGAGAGCAUGCCCGCUUCACGCCAACGGUAUUGA